AUGCCCGGCGUCGCAUCAAACUCCGGCGACCUAUCCCUGGUCUCCUACUCGCCGGAGCUCCCGCAGCCCGUCGUACACUCUAUUCACCAUGGCCUCAAGCCUCCGAUCGCUCGCCUCUCCAUCUCGUGGUCCCGCGGCAAUACUCUGCGCGUGUCGGUUCUCCGUCCGCCGUCCGAUGAAGACAGCGAGGCCAGCGGGAGAGUAGUGGAGGUCAAGCUCAGUAAUGGAGACGGAGAGAAUAGCGACGCCAAGUGGCGGAAGAUCGCAUACGGCUCCGUCACGCCGUUCGCUCAUCUCCAGAGCCGCCGGAGCACCAUCUCCAACUUAUCGAACAUGUCUCUCAGUCCAUCGCCGUAUAGCAUCGAUUGGUGGGAGUAUGUGAUGGAGUACAGCAAGGACAUAAAUUCACUCCUCGGUAGCCUCGAUUCAGGUCCUGAUCCGGUGAUUGACGAUCCGAAGAUGGUUUUAAAGAGAGUCGAGGAGCCUACCUCUAUAAAAGCAGCUUGGGAGCUGAUGGAGAUAUUUUAUGCAGACAAGCAGUCUCAGCCAUGGCAAUUGGAACGGCUUGUUGAUUGGUUGGCUGAUUAUGAUAGCUUGCUCUCGAGUACUCACCCAACAGUCCAUUCAAAACUUGUGAAUUUCCAAAAUGAACUUUCCAGCUUACAGGUUAUUGAGGACGAUCCUAACUAUUGGGAUGUGUUAUCAUCAGCACUGGCAGUUGGCUGGAUUGAUUUAGUGGUGAAACUGUUGCGCUUGCAUGGAUCUUAUCAACUCGAUCAGCUUGGAAACCGUGAGACAGAAAAUGGACUUGUAGAGGCAGUUGCUGUUCUUAUUUCACAGAAGCCACGUAUGCGUCCAGGAGUAGAAGAUGGAAAGUUGGGUGAAUGCUUUAAAGCAAAGCCUGAUUUUAUCAAGGCAUGGGAGAAGUGGAGAGCACAAAUUACGAAGCUAGACUGCAGUGGAUUCUGGCUUCAGUGUGAUCACCAUCAAACCCGGGAGGGAUUGAAGAAUAUGAUACAGGUUAUGCUUGGAAACAUUGACAAUCUCUGCAAUCAAACUUGCCACUGGAUAGAGCUGUUCAUCUCUCACUUUCUAUAUGUCAGGCCAUUAACAGUGGGUCUCGAAAGCAUGUAUAGCCUAGCCCAGAAAUGCUUACAAUUGAAACCAAUGUCAGGUGCCCAUAGGUUGAUAGAUAUUAUUCUUGGAAUCCUUGGGGAAAAUACCGAGGUUGUCUUGGCGGAAUGCUCUAGAGCAUUUGGGCCAUGGAUGGUUGCCCAUGCCAUUGAGUUGUUGACCACUGGGAGUGAUCACGCAGAAAGUCUUCUACAUGAAGAACGCUAUAACUUGGGGGGAAUUAGUAUAGCAGAACUACAUCGGCUCGUCUACGCUCAAGUUUUAUCAUCACAUGCAUUGACUUGGCAAAUUGCUCCAAUCUAUUUGUCCUCGUGUAUGAAGCAGGGAAUGGGUUUGUUAGAGAUUUUGCUGUCUAAGCUGCCUACUGAACACAAUGAAACACUGCUUAAGAAUAUAGAGAUUUGUCGUCUUUACGAACUUGAUACUGUUAGCUCAGACAUUAUGAAGAUUGCUGGGGUGUACCAUUGGAAGCAUGGUAGAAAAGGUUGUGGAGUUUUCUGGCUUCAGCAAGCCCGAGAUGAAGUUCGCCUUACCAGGAUUGCUCAGCAUUUAUUUGAUUCUGUUGGAAAGUCAAUCUCUGAUGAGAGUUUUAAGCAAUGGGAAGGCUUAAUUGAAUUGUUGGGGUCUGAAUCCAAGACUACCGGGGGUCUAGACUUCCUGCACAAGUAUAGGGAUUUCAAGAAGUCUCUCAAGCAGGUUCGUGACGGAAAAACUACUGAUGCUGCUCAUCAAGCUGUAGAAUCUCUGAUAUCGCUUAUGAAAAACCCAUCUACACCUCAACGCUUCUGGCUGCCUCUUCUUCAUGACUCGUUGAAGCUGCUAAACUGGCAGGAGCGUCCUCUGCUAAAUGUCUCUCAGACAGAGCUCUUGCUCAAUAAACUGCAAGAGUUGUCCAUGGCUAAGCUCCGUCCGGACUUUAUCGAAGCAGACUUGCCAUCAGAGGCCCUGAGCUGUGUGAGGUUGGCUCUUGCUUCAAAUCUUGGACGAGCCAUCUUGGAGGAGUAAUAGUUGACUACCUUUAGCACGCGUGUCUUGGCUGAUAUAGCUUUUGCUUAAUUUUAGGACUCCCCUUUUGUUGUAGAAACUAUCGAGUAGGACUGCUUGUAUAAUUUUUUUUCUUCUUUAUGAUACUUGCUAGGAACAGAUUUGUUCAGAUAACGGAAAGCACAAUGUACUGUAUGUAAAUUUAGAGAUGGAACUGUGUCCAAACCAGUGAAAUGUUGCUUGCAAACUCUAGAGAUAUGACCACUUUUCCCUGUUGAAUUUGGAGAAUCGCACUAAUAAUGUGA